AUGUCCUGUCGUGGUAAAACCGGAGGCAAAGGGCGCGCCAAGGCCAAGACUUGCACCUCCAGAGCCGAGCUCCAGUUCCCCGUCGUUUGUAUCCACCAGCUGCUGUGCAAGGGUCACUAUGUCGAGUGGGUCGGGGCUGGAGCCACCGUCUACCUGGCCGCCGUCCUCGAGUACCUGAUGGUCGAGAUCCUCGAGCUGGCCGGCAACGCGGCCCGGGACAACAAGAAGACCCGCAUCAUCCCCCGCCACCUGCAGUUCGCCAUCCGCAACGACGAGGAGCUCAACAAGCUGCUGGAUGGCUGA